AUAUACAGUUGUACUUGACCUACAGAGAGCUGUUAAUUAUUAUAAGAGUCAUACAUCUCAGUGUUGGAAGUUCAAAGUCGAAACUCAUCUUUAGCCACUCAUUCAGUUGUCAUGGGGGCUUCUGAUGCUCACUUGUUUCUUUCUCUAGUGCACAUUUUCAUACUAUGUUUCAUGGCCAAAGUUGAAGCUUUAAACAAAACGGUCUCAGGCUUUUAUGUGUUUGGAGACUCCACGGUAGACCCGGGAAACAACAACUACAUAGAGACAGCUUUCAGGAGCAAUUUUCCACCUUAUGGAAGGGAUUUUUCCAACCAAGUUCCUACAGGGAGAUUUACCAAUGGGAAGCUUGCCACUGAUUACAUUGCUUCAUACGUAGGUCUCAAGAAAGAGAUUCUUCCACCUUAUUUGGACCCAAACCUCAACAAUAUUGAAGAGCUUAUGACAGGAGUUAGUUUUGCCUCCGCUGGUUCUGGCUUUGACCCACUAACACCAACCAUCACUAAUGUAAUUCCGAUAGAAAAGCAGGUGGAAUAUUUGAGAGAAUGCAAAAAGAGAAUGGAGGAUGCGGUGGGUAAGCAGAGAAGUGAAAAUCAUGUGAAGAAUGCGGUGUUCUUCGUGAGUGCUGGUACGAAUGACUUCGUUCUUAAUUACUUUGCUCUACCAGUACGAAGAAAGACCUACACUCUCCUAGCCUACCACCACUUCUUAAUCCAACAUGUGAAAAACUUUUUACAGGAUUUGUUGGCAGAAGGUGCUCAAAAAAUUGCAGUAAGUGGAAUACCUCCAAUGGGAUGCUUACCUCUCAUGAUCACCAUGAAUUCCCCAGAUGCCCUUUUCCAGCGUCAUUGUAUUGACAAAUAUUCCUCCAUUGCAAGAGAUUUCAAUCUACUCCUUCAGAACGAAUUACACCAAAUGCAAUUGCAGCUCAACAUGUCUAAUUCAGAUGCUAAGAUCUACUACGUUGACAUAUAUCAACCCAUAGCCGAUAUGAUUCAAGCACAUGAAAAAUUUGGAUUUGAUGAGGUUGAUAGUGGAUGUUGUGGAAGUGGGUACAUUGAAGCAUCAGUUUUGUGCAAUAAGGUUUCAGAUGUGUGCCCUGAUCCAUCCAAGUAUCUAUUUUGGGAUUCAAUUCACCCAACUGAAAAUGCAUACCACAACAUCUUCUUGGCUAGCUUGCACACCAUUGAUUUCAUCGUCGAUAACUAGAAUAUAUAUAAGUUCCUAUAGUAUAGACUCAUUCCUUCUUUUUCUUCUUAACAUUGUGGCACCCAAAGUUAAUGUGAUUUUUUUUUCUCUCUA